GCCGCUGUCUGUCGCUCGCUCUCUCGCCCCAGACAAGAAGGACCCUGGUGGUGGUUUUUGAAGGUUACGACUUUAUUUCUAAGCAAAUUAAAAACUACCCGCGCACCGCAAUCAUGACCAGAAAAUUCUUCGUCGGAGGAAACUGGAAGAUGAACGGCGACAAGAAAAGCCUUGGGGACCUCAUUCAGACUAUGAACGGAGCCAGUGUGGACCCCAAUGUCGAGGUCGUGUGCGGUGCUCCUUCAAUCUACCUGGACUUUGUCAGGUCUAAGCUCGAUGCCAAAUUCGGUGUUGCUGCUCAAAACUGCUACAAGGUUCCCAAGGGUGCCUUCACUGGGGAGAUCAGCCCUGCGAUGAUCAAGGACUGUGGGAUCAACUGGGUGAUCCUGGGACACUCCGAGAGACGCCAUGUGUUUGGAGAGAGCGAUGAGCUGAUUGGUCAGAAGACGGCCCAUGCUCUGGAGAGUGGACUGGGGGUCAUCGCCUGCAUCGGGGAGAAGCUGGACGAGAGGGAGGGGGGCAUCACCGAGCAGGUUGUGUUUGCCCAGACCAAAGUCAUCGCAGACAAUGUAAAAGACUGGAGCAAAGUGGUGCUUGCUUACGAGCCAGUGUGGGCCAUUGGCACAGGAAAGACCGCCUCCCCACAGCAGGCUCAGGAAGUUCACGAGAAACUGAGGGGAUGGCUCAAGGCCAACGUGUCCGAGGCAGUGGCCAACUCUGUGAGGAUCAUCUAUGGAGGUUCUGUGACUGGAGGCACCUGCAAAGAGCUGGCGUCGCAGAAGGAUGUGGACGGUUUCCUGGUGGGCGGAGCCUCUCUGAAGCCAGAGUUCAUCGACAUCAUUAACGCAAAGGCAUAAAAAAACGGUUAUAAUAAUGUUGGAGGUUUGGAUGCGUUUAGAUUGUUCAGCUCAUAUUCAGCACUUCCCUUUUUAUUGAGAUUUGUGCAAUGUUGUCAUUCCCUGCUUUACCUGUACUUUGCUCUUUUUGUUAAUAAAAGGGAUAGAUUGGCACAUUUCACUGCACUGAGUUAAGUCCUGAGGUCUAGAGUCUGUGCUAAUAACUUCCACAGCGAGUGCUAAAGCUGCAGACUGCUUACACUUACGGACCAGCAGUCCACAACUUUACUUGAACAAGUUUACAAAGUAUUGUGUAAACAGUGUCUGAGCUCUUGUCAAUCUGAUAUUUGUGUUUUUACUGUAGGUGUCUCUGUAACAUUAUGAUGUUCUGUGCUUCAUGCUGUAGAUGACAUGACCCUGGCUCUUUAGGUCUGCACAUCUCAUGUUGGAUUUAUUUGACUGUAUUUGACAUGAGGCUCAACUCAAACAUUAUAAUAAACUGAGACUGUCAGUGA